AUGCAUAAGGAAUUUCCUGUUAAAGACUUAGGCUCUCUAAGUUUCUUUCUUGGCAUACAGGUUACUCGAAGCUCUGCAGGGCUUCAUCUCUGCCAAGCAAAAUAUGUUAUUGACAUCCUCCACAGAACCAAGAUGAUUGAAGCAAAGCCUGCAAAGUCCCCAUGCCCAUCUGGUUCUCAGUUGUCCAGAUUGAAUGGAGAGUCCCUGCUUGAUCCUUUUGAGUAUAGAAGUGUAGUAGGAGCUCUCCAAUACUGCACUCUAACUCAACCUGAUAUAGCCUUCUCUGUGAAUCAGCUUUGUCAACAUAUGCAUCAUCCAACUGUCACUCACUGGUCAGCAGUUAAGAGAAUUCUCCGAUAUCUCAAGAACACCCUCAACCAUGGCUUGUUUUACUCCAACACAAACCUUCAACUGAAUGACUUUUGUGAUUCAGAUUGGGCUGGCUGUCCAGAUGAUAGGAGAUCCACUUCUGGCUUUGCAGUCUUCCUUGGUAAUUGCUUAAUCUCCUGGAGUUCAAAGAAACAACCUGUGGUCUCUAGAUCAAGCACAGAGGCUGAGUAUCGAUCCUUUGCAAUUACUGCUACUGAGCUGUUUUGGUUAAGAAUGUUAUUUCAAGAAAUCUAG